UUGCGUUUCCUAUUUCCAUCAACUUACAGUCUUACUGGCAUUAGUUGCGUUCACUUCACUCUCUCAUUUCCCUCGCUUUUCUUCUCUCUAUCAAUACAAUACACCCACUACCUACUCACAGGAAGAAGCAAACACAGCUUAAAGCAAAACUACCCAAAUUCACAAGAGGAGAGAGAAAUAAGAAAUCCCAGAUCUGGGUUACUUUUAAUUUGAAGCUCUAAAUCUCCCAAAUUAUGGCUUCUAAGCUUGUUAUGGUUGCUAUUAUUGUUCUUGAUAUUAUUGCUUUUGGUCUCGCUGUUGCUGCAGAACAAAGACGAAGCACUGCCCAAAUUGUUUCAGACCCAGACGCGAACUACAAGUACUGUCAGUAUGAUUCAGAUAUCGCAACAGGAUAUGGGCUUGGUGCAUUUUUCUGCCUUCUGGCUAGCCAAGCAGUCGUCAUGGUAGCAAGCCGAUGCUUCUGCUGUGGUCAGGCUCUCAGUCCUGGUGGGUCAAGGGCUUGUGCUAUCAUUCUUUUCAUUAUCUGCUGGCUGACAUUUUUCAUUGCGGAGAUAUGUUUGUUGGCGGGUUCGGCAAGGAAUGCCUACCACACAAAAUACAGGUCCUUCUAUGAAGACCGCGCACCAUCAUGUGAGACACUAAGGAAAGGAGUGUUUGCAGCUGGAGCUGCUUUCACUUUCUUCACUGCCAUUAUCUCUGAAUUCUACUAUGUUAGCUUCUCAAAGGCGAAGGACAGCAGCUUCCGACCCUGAGGCGUAAUACAUAGAUCAAUAUAGUGCUUCCAAUACGAUGACGAGCAUAUGGUGAUAUUUUUCGAUCUCCAUUCAUGUGCUAUUGUGCUCACAUAAUGCAGGUCUUUUUACGUUAACCUUAAUUUUAGGAAUUCUGUUAUGGCGCUGGCGCAGAUGUCUCAUAUUCAAUGUUGUGGUUUGGUUGUGUAUUUGUUUUCUUCUUCUAUUAGAUUCUUGUUGAGUUGUAAGAAAUAAAUAAAUAAUUGCAUAUGGUUUCUCUCUCUGUAAUAUCUUGAUUCUUUGGCUAAUGAGUCACAUUAUAAGCCUGAAUGAGUUUGUCUUAUGACAGAAUAGAUUGCAUUUUCUUGAAAA